AUGAAUAUUGAAUAGAUUGUUGAAGAUUAAUAAAUAAAAAUGAAUGAAUGUCUUGAAAUUGUUUAAUAAUAAUUAGAUGUAUUAAUAAUAUUUUUAUAAUUAGAUUGGUUUUAAUAAAAUUGAUGAAUUACUUGAUUAAAUUCCUCUUUUUAAUAGUUCAAUUAAUAUUAAAAGUACAAUUAAUUUAGAAAUACCAAUUAUUUAAAUAUCAUUAGAUUCUUUAAAAACAUUACCUAAUCAAAUAAUUUAAGAAAUCAAACCUAUUAUUAAUUAAACUAUUAAUAAAUAAAUUAAAUAAAAACAAUAACAUUUAAGUUAAUAAUUAUAUUAAUUAGAAAAUUAAUAACAAUCAAAUCAAAUUAUAAAUAAUAAUCCAUUUUAAUAUAAACUUAUAUCAAAUAAUUCAAUAAAAUAGGAAGAUCAAUGGUGUAAUGCAAUAGCUUUUAAUAAAGAUAAUUCUAUUGUAUUAGCAGCAUGUGAAAAUGAUAUUACAGUAUUUGAAUUCAAAUAAGAAUAGUUGAAACAAACUCAACUUUUAAAAGAACAUAAGAAUAGGAUUUCAACUUUAAAUUUCAUGAAAAAAUCAAAUCAAUUUAUAUCUGGUAGUUGGGAUUAUUAGAUUAUAAUUUGGUAAAUGAAUUAAAAUAAUUAAUGGAUUUCCUAAUAAAUAUUAAAUGAACAUAAAGAUUAAAUUAAUUGUUUAUUAUUGAACAAUAAUGAAGAUAUUAUAAUAUCAGGAAGUGAUGAUAAGACAAUUAAAUUUUGGAUAAAGUAGGAUAAAUGGAUAUGUUCAUAAACUAUUACAGAUCAUACAAAUGAUGUAAAUGGAUUAAGUAUGAAUGAGUAAUAGAAUAAAGUGAUAUCAUGUGGAUAUGAUUGUUAAAUAUUAAUAAUAGAAUAAUCAUAAUAGAAUAAAAACUGGAAUGUAAUAUAAAAGAUAAAAGUUUAAGAUUAUGGUUAUAGAAUAUGCUUUAUCAAUGAGAAUUUAUUUACAUUUUAACCUUAUUGUAAAGAGUAGAUGCAUAUUUAUGAAAUGAAUAAUAUUAAUAAAUAGUACUCAAAAACAAAAGAAAUUGAUGUUAAAUGUGGUUAUAAUCAAUGUUAUUAUUAUUUCCCUUAAUAAUAUAUAAAAUAGAAAUGCUUGCUUGUGAAUAAGAAUGGUUUCAAUGUUAAUUUGAUAAGGAUGAAUCAAAAUGGUGAUUUAAUAUUACAAUAAUCUAUUGAUUAUGGAGAUGAAUAUAUUUAUGGAUAAAUGAGUGAAGAUGGGCAGUAUUUUAUAAGUUGGGAUUGUAAGUCAUAUGAAAUAUAAAUUAGAAAAUAUCAUUAAGAAUAAUGA